CGCCUCCUCCGCCGCCGCGUUUCCCGUCUCUCUCCACGACGCGACGGCUGACGAGAGGAAGAGACCCCUCUCUCCGAUAAAAGGGGGAGGACGACGAGGGAGAGGGGGAGAACCGGAGAAGGGAGACGACGAGGAGGUUUGUGCUGUUUCGUCUUCUACCGCCGCCGCGCACCGACGCCUGAAGCAACCGUCACGGCCGUUCGGCUAGCCGUGACCCUACGCCGGAGUGAGCAGAGGGGAGGAGAUGGCCAAGGACGGAGGAGGGCCCGACUGGAACGGCCUGCUCAAGUGGAGCCUCGCCCAUGGCGACGGCACCACCAAGCCGCGCGCCCUCAGUGAGGAGGACAAGAAAUGGUUUAUGGAAGCAAUGCAAGCAAACACAAUCGAUGUAGUUAAGAGGAUGAAGGAGAUUACCCAAGUGAUGAAAACUCCAGACGAUGUACUGCAAUCUCAGGGUGUGACUCCAGAAAACAUUGAAGAUAUGUUGGAUGAGCUACAGGAGCAUGUUGAAUCCAUUGACAUGGCAAAUGACCUGCAUUCUAUUGGUGGAUUAGAUCCCCUUCUUGGUUACUUGAAAAAUUCACAUGCGGGCAUCAGAGCAAAGGCAGCAGAAAUUGUGAGUACAAUUGUACAGAAUAACCCCAAGAGCCAGCAACUCGUGAUGGAAUCUAAUGGCCUGGAGCCACUGCUGACGAACUUCAGUUCAGAUCCAAGCACAAAUUCACGCACAAAAGCUCUUGGAGCAAUAUCAUCCCUAAUUCGUCAUAACCAGCCAGGGAUUGCUGCGUUCCGCCUGGGAAAUGGCUAUGCUGCACUGAAAGACGCACUUGGUUCUGAUGAUGCUCGGCUUCAGAGGAAAGCUCUCCAUCUCAUACAGUACCUGCUGCACGACAACAAGGUGGAUAGGAAUGCCGCUACAGAGCUUGGUCUUCCAAAGCUGAUGAUGCACCUGGCAUCGAGCGAUGAUUCUGGAGUUCGGGAGGCUGCCUUAGGUGGUCUUCUCGAGUUGGCACAAGACAAGACAUCCGGUGCUGGAAGCACCCUACCUGACCAAGACAAGCUGAAAGAUGUCCUCAAGAGCCGAAUCGAAGGCAUAAGCUUGAUGGACGCCGACGAUCUCCAUGCCCAUCGCGAGGAGCGGCAGCUUGUCGACUCCCUGUGGAAGGAGUGCUACAACGAGCCGUCGUCUCUCAGGGAGAAGGGGCUCGUCGUGCUUCCUGGGGAGGACGCACCCCAGCAGCCACCACCGGAUGUCGUGGGGGACAUGUUCGAGCCGCCGCUUCGCGCAUGGGCUGCAUCGAGGCCACCACCCAAAGAAGAUUCGGAGUCUGGCAGCGCGAAGAAGGAUCCGCCAUUGCUGCUAGGCCCUGGACCGUCUUCCUAGACUUGUCGGGAUUAGUUCGUUCGUCUAUUAUGCAGUUCUCUAGUCGUCUUAACCUUAAGCACCUACAUUUGCACUCUGCUGAUAUGCUCUGCAUUUUGAUCCUGAGCUCCUGGGACCUGGAUGUAUGAGGUUUUUGGAUAUCUGUAAUUUUGUGAUGCUUUUAAAAUAUAUUCAAGAGUAAAAUACUUCUAAAUAUCGUCCUUGA